AUGAAGCUUACGGAUAGUAAUUAUUUUGAGGCUUGGGAAAGGUUGGAGAAACGGUUUGAUAGGUCUCAACUAAUAAUUCAGUCGUUUAUAAAUUCAUUUGUCUCAUUGCCAUCGACUAAUUCUUCCAACGUUGCUUUGUUAAGAAAAAUAACAGACGGUGCUGACGAGGUUAUUAGGGGUUUAAACGCUCUCAAUACAACAGGUCGCGAUCCCUGGUUGAUCUUUCUUUUAAGUCAGAAGCUUGAUCCAGAUACGAAGCAGGCGUGGGCUGAACAUUUGGGGUCAAAGGAAGGUCCCGCAAUAGAUGAACUUCUUGAAUUUUUACAAAACCGUUGUGCGUGUUUGGAAUCUUGUUCUACUCCUGUUCGACAUUCUAAGAUUCGAAACAAAACUCAAGGGAGUUUUAAGUCUCAUGUCGUUGAAUAUGUACAGAGUUGUUUGGAAUGCAAAGGAAACCAUAACUUACCAAGUUGUAAAAAGUUCCUUGCUCUUGAUGUGGAGGCUCGUCGGCGUUUUGCUAAAGAAAGGUCAUUGUGUUUCAACUGUAUACGACUAGGUCAUGCUGCAAAUAAAUGUUUUUCUAAUAAUCGUUGCAAGAUUUGUAAAUCGAGACACCAUUCUCUAGUUCAUCCGGAAAUAGCUGCAAUUAAUACCUCGACAAAUCUUGCUAAUGAGCAGGCACCACUUGUUGCUCCAGGUACAUCGAGUUCUUCGUUCUCAAAUUCGGUUCCGUCGUCGGUGGUUAGUCAUCAUUCUUCUGAGCCCAGUCACAGUUUUCACACAAUUCUCCCAACAGCUGUUGCCAAAUCUCAGGAUAAGGAAAGGCCGUUCCAUAACAUUCGUAUGCUUCCUGAUACUGGGUCACAAGUUUCGUUCAUUACUGAACAGACUGUUCAGCGCUUGGGACUUCGUCGAAGUCAAUCUCGGUUACCUGUUCUUGGCGUAGGUUCGACAUCAGCAGGUGUUACCAAUGGUAUAGUGACACUGAGGCUUAUUUCUCGAUUCAGUUCAAAGUUUGUUGACGUAGAUUGUCAUGUCCUAUCGAAACUUACAUCGUUGCUGCCGGAAUCUCCCGUGGACAAUAUCGACUUAGGAAAACUUGUGACUGUUAAGCUCGCUGAUCCUUAUUUUAAUAAGCCAGGUCCUAUUGACGUGUUGAUUGGAGCAGAUAAGGUUUUCGACAUAAUAGCUGGACCAUCUAAUAGCACAAUCGCUGGGGUUCCGAAUUUAGUUCUUACUAUUUUUGGAUCGGUUGCUGUAGGAAGAUCUACACAAAAUUCUGCUCAUGUUAAUAAAGGUAUUAAGACUUUUUGUACGCAGCUAGAUCUUUCUUUUUGUACGCCCUUGAAUCAAUCGUUUUGUACGCAGCUGGAUCAUUCGCUUGCAUUUGAUCUACAAAAAUUCUGGCGUUUAGAGGAAAUUUCUGAAGAACCAACCCUUUCAAUCGAUGACCAACGUGCUGAGGAGUUUUUUCAAAAAACGCAUCAAAGACUUCUUGAUGGUCGUUAUGUCGUAAAGUUGCCUUUCAAGUCUAAUGAAAAAUUAAAUUUUGGGAACUCUUUUAGUGUUGCACUUCACCGUCUUCAUUCAAUCGAACGUAGGUUUUUGUCAAAUCCUUCGUUAAGGGAAAAGUGCCAAAUGUUCAUGGAUGAGUAUUUGUCGUUAGGUCAUAUGGAAGAAGUUCCUGCUGAUGAAAUAUACCAAUCCUCUUACAACUCGUACUAUCUUCCUCAUCAUGCGGUGUUUAAAAACGAUAGCAGCACCACAAAAGUAAGAGUAUUUUUGACGGAUCAGCUAAAACGAAUCACAAUAGAUCCUUGA